AUGAUUGAUGAGAAUCUACCAAGUGAGUACUUGCAUAUCCGGCAUCUCUUGAUCUCGUGGCUCAAAUCCCUCGUCCCCUUUCCUUCUGUCCUCCGGCCUCCCCUCGUUCUCCUCUUUGUCCCACGACGUCAUUGCAACAGCUGCGCUCCGCUGAGCCCCGUUAGCAAUGGAUAUCCCCAUGUCGUGUGCUCUGGACUGACAGGUCUUGGGGGCCAACCUGUAGCGUUCUUCCUCAAGAGUAAUGCGAAGAACACCCACCAGAGUCCCAUCUACCACCGUCAAAAUGGGAACGAGGCCGAACCUGCAUACAACCUUCGGUACCUGGACCCGAGUCUCCCCACCUCCAAAAAUCACUACGGCGUCGCCCUUUACGACCCCUAUGUCUCGGACAUUGUCUACGGCGAAGUCGCCGUAACUCCAGAUUGGACUCAACCGACCCUGUCAGCCGACGUGAUCCGGGCGAAUGGCGGCGUGGUGCCUCCGCCCGAGCCCAUCCUCCCGACCGAGUUCGUCAUUCAAUUAUACAACCCAGACCAGCAGAUCAAAGUCAAACACAAAUCAAAAUCAUGGAACAAGCCCGCACGAUGGGAAUUCGAAAUGCCGCAGCGAACGUUCAGGAUGCCUUCUUCGUCCACGCUCGAUCAGACCCAGAGCGACCCGGCGGCGGCGGAUAUUACUCCCAAGUUGCGGUUCAGCUGGCGCAAGGACGGCAAGCUCUCCAAGGACUUGUCCUGUUUGCUGCACGGCAAAUCAACGACGAUCCCGGAUACGCGAACCAAGACCCGGGAGCCGGAUAUCACAGUCGCGUUGUUUCAGGGCCUUCGUGAGCUGACGCUCUAUGAGCCCAACUUGUAUCGCGUGGAAAUGGAGGAUUUCAAAGGUCUGGAGGUGGUGUUGCUCCUUGCGGCCGUGGCGAUUCGGGACAUCUUCUUUGGCCCUGCUAAAGAGGCUUUUCACAUUGUACCGGGAGCUCCCUCGCCUCCUGUGGCCAGUGCGAGUAGACCCGCGACUGGAGGUGUUCCGGGUCAAACCAUUACCGCAACCCAGAUUUCAUCCUCGACACCAUCGUCAUCAUCAACAAUAUCAUCUCCAAAGCCAAUUGGUAGUUCUGCGGCGCACGCCACAGCGAAACAGUCUCCGCCCCGGCUUGGCAAUCCUUCCUCAUCCGGGCGUUCUCGCAUCGACUCUCGGGCAGAGGUAGAAGAGCGGCGAACGCAAGAGCUUCUCGAAGCAGAAAAGCGCGCCGCAGAAGAGGCUCAGCGUCAACGACAAGCCGAGAUCGACGCUGAGACUGAACGCCUCCAACAGUUGUACGGCCAAGAGGAACAGCAAGUGCGCGCCAGAAUCCAGUCAAUUGGCACUGCCGACGCCAGUGCUCACCCACCCGCCACAGCCCCAUCGCCGCGCCCAAAUCUACCAGCCCGUCAAACGAGACCGGCGAGGUCAUCGCACAAUCACUCCACUUCAUACUCAUAUAUCCCGCCUCAACAGCCACAGCGACUGCCUCCAAGCGCUUCAUCCUUGUCCUUGGUGCCGAAUGGCCCCUACAUGCGCGCCUCUGCCGGCGGCGGUGGCCUUGACCCUCGAGCACAAUCGACGAUCAAUCUUAUGCCCCCUCGACCCCAGCCAACAAGACCUCAAUCCACAGUGGGAUUUCCUCAGUCUGUCAAUGGAGUGAUGGGGUCAAAUGGAAGACCACAGCAGUCUCAGCAGUCCCAGCAGCCGCGGCCACAUCUGACUCCGAAGAAAAGCAGCCUCUUUGGCUUUCUGCGACACAAGGAAGAAGGCGAAGCCAGACCGAGGAACAAGUUGGACAAAAAGCGGAGUUCGAUGUUCUGA